CAGUAUCGUAUAGCUUCUAUUGGUGUUUAAAUUUGUAACUGUAAAUACAUAGAGUUAUUGCAUACAGUAAGUGUGAUUGCUAUUCUUCUAGCUAUCCCCACUUUUCUUCUCUACUGCCGGGACUUAUUGACAGUGACUAAGCGUUAGCAGUAUCACGACUUAUAAAAGCUUGAAAGGCUGCGGAUUGCCAGAAGAAGGUCGUCAGGGUAGUGGUUCGUCGCGUUAAUGAUAAAAGAUCUACCAGAGUUGCCUCUCAGAGCGUCUGUGCAGUGUGUUCAAAAAAAUUCUGUGCAAUAUUUUUAAAAACAAUCAAGAUGUCUUUCAACGCCCCCAAAAGAAUUAAAAUAGAAGACUUUGUUAUCGAAGACAACAUCAUUAAAGGCGUGGAUGAGCAUUUUGACGAAACGCAUAGCAUUGGUGAGCAUCUUCUCGCCACUCUAAGUAGCAAACCACAGCAUGUGGCGCAGAUUGAGGUUGAGACAGGAAAGCAAACGACUUUUGCCGAAAUGAAAGACCGCAGUGUUCGUUGUGGAAUAUGGCUAAAAAAGCAGGGAGUAGGCUCUAACGAUAUUGUCGUGAUUUGCUCGAAGAAUAAUUUAGAUGUAUAUGCACCGUUUUUUGCAACUUUCUACGCCGGAGGCACCUUCGCCGGGUGGAACCCGUUCAUGGUAGCCUCAAAACCGAUACAACAUUUGAUGAAGUUGUUUAAACCAAAGAUCAUAUUUGCUGGAGAAGAUCUGGUGGAUGCACUGCAAAAAGCGGCUAAACUGGAGAACGUUGAGGCAGAAUUUGUCGUAUUCGGCAAACAUUCGAGUCUCCCAUCUUUUCACGAUAUCAUAAAGUUAUCAACGGACGAAGAGGUGCGUACUUUCCGUCCUCAAAAAAUAAAUCCCCAGGACAACGGUUUAAUAGUUCAAACGUCAGGAAGUACCGGCUUUCCAAAAGGAGUCGUGCACCCAUACAAAAAUCUAUUGCCCGCUGUAGGUUCAUUUAUUCCAUACUGUGCUGUUGGCGACGUUGUUAUGUGGUACUCGACAUGCGACUGGGUGACUGGCAUAAUCUUUACUUUGCGAUCUGUUUUGCUACGUAAUACCAGGAUUAUGCACACACAAUUCGAAGUCGAGGAAACGUGUAGAAUUAUCGAAAAGUACAAGGUCAAUCGUGUUCUACUGUCUCACAUAGCGAUGGGCCACAUGCUGAAAACAAAUGCCCUUAAAAGGUACGACCUUCAUUCUUUGAAAUUGAUAUGCUCAGGUGGCAGUAAAGUAAGCAUCGAGUUAUUACAAGGAUUUCGAGAUGCCUUGCCGAACACUUUGGUGCUACAAGUAUACGGCUUGUCCGAAUCCGGCCGUGCUGUGAUGUCUCAAACUGAGAAUGCCAAGAGCGUUGAUUCAAUAGGAUUCGUUACACCGUGCAAUCAGGCGAAAAUAGUCGACAUAAACAGCGGGAAAACUCUCGGAGCCAAUCAACCAGGCGAAAUUUGUAUAAAAUCACCGAUCAUGAUGACCGGCUAUUUGAAUAAUCCCGAGGCAACCAAAGAGGUUUUGGACGACGAAGGUUGGCUGCAUACGGGGGACAAAGGCUUUUACGACGAAGCCGGAGAAUUUUUCAUUAUAGAGCGAAUCAAGGAGAUGAUGAAGUAUCAGAACUUUCAGAUUUCGCCGACAGAAAUCGAAGAAGUUCUAGCAUCGCAUCCAGGAGUGAUGGAGGUUGCGGUCGUACCUCUCCCUCACCCCGAAGAUAUCGAUAGGCCGAUGGCUUUUGUGAAAAUAGUUCCCGGCUCUCAGGUAACCGAGGGCGAGCUCGUUAACUUGUCGGCCUCAGUCCUGGGGGAAAUAAAAAAGCUGCGCGGAGGCGUCAAGUUCUUGGAAAAUCUGCCAAAGACGGCGAGCGGGAAGAUCAACAGACCCGUUUUGAAAGAAACGGCAAAGGCCAUGGCCGCUGCGCGAUAGCAAACGCAAUUUUUUAUUGUCAUUAUCAAAAACUUCUCAGCAGUAUUUUUAUUAUUUCAAACGACGAAUUGUAUAUACUCAUGUUGUACGUUACUAUAUUAAAUUCCUAAUAUAUUCGCUAGUCCGUGUCCGGUCGAGAAAUGAAGAAAGCGCUUUGGCGUUAAAGACGCGGACGACGAUCAAGGGACGGGGAUCACUCAAUUUGUAUAACGAAAUCAGGCUCUCGAGGCUCGUUAGAUCGCGACGAGUGCGCGCGGCGGCGGUGCGAACCCGCGGAGAUCGGCUGGGCUAUGUAUAGGCACGAGGAAGGGCAUAACGGCACCUCGCGCGCUCUCCGACUUCACCUCCUCCCCCUUGUCUCGCGGCUGCGGUAAUAAGGCCGCGCGUUUCCCGGUGGCAGUUAGGCGAAGCCUGUUAUUUAGUGUUCCUCGCUAGCCUGCUCGCUCGUACGUUCGCGUAUCCUCGGAAAUGAUUUACCGCGCGACGAGUCAAGUACGCGUACGGACGUACGUGCACGCGCGGUACACCUAUACAUCAUCGCGCGCGCGAGGACAGGCAAUAAUCAAGCGAGAUGCUGCCGUUGUCUAUACGCGUGUGCGAGAGUGGGUGCUGCCGUGCAGGGGUCCGCGCUGUACCGUAUCUCGCGGGUAGUGAAUCAUUUUUCCGUUUUGUUUUCUGCUCGAUGACAGUCGCUGUGGCGGUUUCUAUCCAUUUUCAUUAUUUAAACUAUAUAGCAGAAUUUUAAUUUUUCUCAAUUUUUUAUUAAAUGGCAAAAAGAAGUACAUUAUACGGUCUCGAGGUUUGAAUUUUUAUAAUACAUUGAAAAAAGUUGAUCCAGUA